CUGGAGCAUAUUUUUCCGCCCGCUCAGCACUGGCCUCCAGAGCAGUUCCUUGUUCUUCGGGUCUGUGCCACAGCGGAUGAAAGGAGGAGAAAUGUUGGCUGUUACCCUGCUUUUGCUUCUGGCCGUCGGCUCCGGGGUGUUGGCCGAACCCGUUAAGUUCUUUGACUGUGGUUCCAAAGAUGGAAGUAUUUUGGAGGUUAAUAUUACUCCCUGUCCUGGACUACCUUGCCUUCUCCGCAAAGGAGUGUCUUACAGCGUCAAUGUUACAUUUUCCAGUAAAAUUGAAAGCCAAAGCAGCAAAGCAAAGGUGUAUGGGGAAAUAAUGCAUGUGGAUAUUCCUUUCCCACUUGAAGAGCCUGAUGGAUGCAAGAGUGGGAUCAAGUGCCCUAUCCAUAAUGGUCAUACUUACAGCUACUUGAACAAGCUGCCAGUAAAGAGCGAGUACCCAUCUAUUAAACUUCUUGUCAAGUGGGAGUUAUCUGAUGACGAACAAGGAUUAUUAUUCUGCUGGAUGGUUCCGGUUCAAAUUACCAGUUAAAAAAGCCAUUUAGUCCUCAAGAGUUACAGAGGAUGGAAGGCAGAGUUUGAUAAAGACAAGUAAAAUAUUUUGCUACACCAGGCAGUUCCUGUUUAUCCUAUGGUAUCUGUGCAAUAAUUGUUCUCAGAGACAUAGUCUAGAUGAAGAACAAAAUGGAUAGCUAGAAUAAAGAGUGGGUUGGUGGAUAUCUUGCUGUAACUCAGGGCAAUGUUUUUAUAAUUGAAAGAAAAUCUGUUUGGAAGAUUUAUAUUGCUUGAUAGAGAAUAUCUACCACAAAAAUUAUUUCCUCUAAAAAAAAAAAAAAAAACUGGCCCAGCAAAAUU